GCUCUGCCAGGUGCUCUGUCAGGUGCUCUGUCAGGUCAGUAAGAUCAGAGUUCCGUUAAAGAUUUUACUGAUUUCAACAGAAGAAGGAAAAUUAAUAUAAAAAUGUUGAUGAUUCCUUCUGUUGAGUCUUUGCUCAAGUAUGACAAUCCGGAGCUGGUCAGCAAAACCACUGACAAGAGAUCUCCAAAGGCUCUGAAGGCAAGUCUCCAACAGCCUGCCAUCUCUGGUCCAGUUCCUCCUCCACCAAAACCCAUAAGCCCUUCAUUUGAUGCUAGUAAGCAGCAAACAGAUGAAAUUCUUAAUGCCCUCCUACCACCAAGGGAAUGGAUGGAGAAUAAUCAGCUGUGGGUACAGCAGGUGUCCAGUACACCGUGCACACGGACAGACGUCAUUCGUUUGCAGGAGGAACUGGACCUCAAACUGCAGCAGAAACAGGCCCGAGAUACAGGCAUUUGCCCUGUCCGCAGAGAACUCUACACACAGUGCUUUGAUGAACUAAUCAGACAAGUCACUAUUAACUGUGCUGAGAGAGGAGUGCUGCUUCUACGAGUAAGAGAUGAGAUUCGGAUGACCAUCGAUGCCUUUCAGACCCUAUACGAGAGCAGUGUGGCCUUCGGGAUAAGGAAAGCUCUGCAGGCUGAGCAAGGGAGGUCAGACACUGAGAAGAAGAUUGCAGAAUUGGAAAGUGAGAAGAUGGAACUGGAAAGACAGUUGAAUGAGGAGAAAGCUAAAUGUGAGGCAAUUGAGAGAAGAGAAAAUGAACGGCGACAGGCCGAAGAGAAGAGGUACACCGAAGAGAUUCAGUUUCUCAAGAGCACCAACCAGCAAAUGAAGGCGCAGUUGGAUGCACUCGUCGCCCCAAAGAAAUGAAGGUGUCAUGUUUCAUCGGAUUUUAAAUAUAACUACAUUAACGUUGCUUUGCCAUGUCCAUUUUAUUAAUAAAUUUUAUUGAUAAGUUCUCCAGUGAUAAACAUUUUCAGUACUGUGGAACAACAGCAUUGAUAAAUUAAAACCAAACGAA